UUCCGUUGUCAACUUCUGCAAUUGCAUUAAUAAAGGUUUGAUUGAUUUACAUAAAGAAGAUAUUGUCUGAUUGCUGAUUUCACCAAUAAGCCAAUGAUUGACAAGGAAUAAGGAACCUACCAGGAGUGAGUGUCAAGUGUUAAUUCCACACCAUUGUGCCAGAGCUCCAAAUCGAACAAGGCAAGCAGACACCUGUUUUAAUCUAAGUCAGUAAUUAAUUGGCAUUCACUGGUGUGGUUUCCCUCUAACAAGGUUGACUGGAGGAUGGCCAACUUCAAGGGACAUGCCCUUCCUGGCAGCUGCUUUCUGCUGUUAGGCCUGUGUUGGUCAAUGAUGUACCCUCUCCGACACUGCUGGAGGAGGCAUCAGCCUAAAGGAAGACAAAAACUGCCCCUGUUCUUUAACAGAAUAGACUUAAUCGAGGGGGCACUCAUGCUUUUCUUUGCCUUUGUGGGCAUCAUGGCAGAGCAGUUUGUGCCUGAUGGGCCCCAUGCCCACCUGUACAACAGAGAGACCCAGUCCUGGGUGAAGCUGAUGAACUGGCAGCACAGCACUAUGUACCUCUUCUUCAGUAUCGCUGGAGUUGUUAAAGUCCUCACUAUGUCAUCGCUUCCAGUCCCACUUGGUCUUGACCGCCUUGCUCUCUCCCUGGCUUUUUUUAUUGAAGGGCUCCUGUUUUACUUCCAUGUGCACAUGCGCCCUCCUCUGGAUACCCACAUCCACUCCCUGCUGUUUGUGCCGGUGUUUGGUGUGGCGGCCAUCACCCUGUUGGAGGUGUUCAUGCGAGAUAACAUCGUACUGGAACUUCUCAGGACCAGCAUGACCAUCCUGCAAGGCUCCUGGUUCUUUCAGAUUGGAUUCGUGCUGUACCCAUUAAACGGAGUACAGUGGGAUCUGCAGGCACACGAUAACACCAUGUUCAUCACCAUGUGCUUCUGCUGGCAUCUAGCUGUGGCCCUGCUGAUCGUUGGCAUCAACUACUGGAUGGGCUGGUGCUGUGUACAAAGAUGUUCAGGAAGAGGAAGUGACAUAGAGAUCAUGAUGAGAAAGACAUCUAGCUCCCAGAAGGCUCUGCUACAGGAGUCAGAUGAAGAGUAGACAGAUGCAUUAUGAAGUGUGUACAGUAGUAGAUCACUGUUAUGGGAUUCUUCACAAUUGUUUGUCUGAAAUUUGAUUAACUGGUUUCUCUUGUUUCAAAUCAAAUCAAAUUGUAGUAGUCACAUGCACCGAAUACAACAGGUGUAGUAGACCUUACAGUGAAAU